AUGGAGUCCUUUAUCGUGGAGGAAAAGCUCCAGGUUUUUAAGGACGAGCACAGGUCAACUUUCCAGGCUUCGUGCUUGGCAGAAAAAGGAAAAAUGCGACCCGACCGCCCAGCCGCGCAGUGGCUUUCCGGAGGGGUGGGGCGGCCGCCUCGGGUCCUGACGUCGAGCUCCCUCCGGCAGUCACUCAGCGCUCGUCCCCGCCCCGCCGCGGCUGCAGCAUCAGCGCGGCCGGAGGAGCCACCGCCGCCACCACCGCCGCCACCGCCGCCACCGCCACCGCCACCGCCACCGCCUCCCGGGACUCGGAACCCAGCGCUCGGAGCCAUGGCCUCGGUCCCCGCGGAGGCGGAGACCCGACAGAGGCUUCUACGCACCGUCAAGAAGGAGGUCCCUUCUCAAGAUCUCAUUUUCCUGCUUUCUAAGUGGACGAGGUUGGACAGCUCCAGGAUUCCAAGAACCUCAACUCAUCUAAUUUGGCCAGCGUCACUCUCUGAGAGCCAAAUCUUUGUUUCUUCCAUUCUGAAUUUGCCAAGUAUUUAUUUAAGACUAAUUAAAACUAAGUAG